AGCUUGCACUUGUUUGAACAUGUUCAAAAUCCAUAUUUCCGAAGACAAAAUCAAAACAAGCACAGACAGUGCAGCGCAUACUAGUCAUAGACCAGCAAGCACUGCGGCCUGGCCUGUUUUGUAUUCAGAAAUCAUCUGUGCGGAAUGGUGUGAGGAAAGGCGGACACAGAGUUCUGGCAAGAUGCAGGCUUUGCCGUCAUGCAAGUAUGGUGCUAAUUGUUACCGGAAAAACCCUGCUCACCUAGCGCAGUUCUCUCAUCCUGGCACUCCACUCGCAAAGGGUGAUAGCCAGGACAGUGGCAAUGACGAGCCUGCGGCCAAGAGACCCCGUCCGUCACCAUGCCCUGCCUCACCCACUUCAGUGACAGCUACUGCAGCAUCAUCUCGUACCGCUGGUGGCAACACUGAACAGGCAGGCUCGCAGGUAGAUAGUGCUGUUGCUACAGCAGCAUCCAGUCAGGCCUCUACAUCACCGGCAGCAUCUCCCGCUCCUUCCAAUGAUGAUGGUGAUUGUGAAAGCAUCGACUUGACACAAUGCCCUGCAUAUGUUACUGGCGACGAAACAUCCCGCGAGGCAACUGCGGAUUGGCUUCGAGAAGCGUAUGGUGUUCCUUUCCCCGCGGAUUUUUUUUGCUUGUGGGACUUCUGCUAUGGACAGUGUCCCGCGUCACCAAAAGAUGCUCUGAAGCCUCUCCUUGGUGUCAAGCUUAUGGGACCGUAUGAUUUCCUUGCUGGCCUGUUUGCUGAUGAAUCCAUCUUAUCCGUGAAGUCAGUGCACCUCCACCAUCGCUUUUACUUUGACCAGCCAGAGCUUCUCACCAUCCUGGCUGAAGACAAGGAAGACGGUCAGCAUCUGGGCUAUUUCAGGGAUGACCCAAGCGAUGCUCCGGCGUUUGUGGCACUCAGCAGUAACUGGUCGGAUUGCACGCUGGCUCCUGUUGCCAACAAUGCCUUGGCUGCAGUUGUGUUUAUUGCAGACAAGCUCUUGGAGAGAGAGAAGAACAAAGCAAAAGUGAGUGAAUUGAAAACUCUGCGUGACAACCUAACUGUAUACGCAGCUCAGCACAACUGCCCUGUUUCGGUGAAGAACGUUGACCACCUACGUUCUAAGAAGAUAGUGGGUAGGCCGCUGAACCGAAUCGGUAUUGUGGUACCGUAUGACAAGGAGGAAGACGUUGGCUAUCGCCCCCUUCCAAUGACGAAUGGUAAAUUGAAGACACUGCUCGAUCGGAUAGCGCAGAGCAAGACGAAAGAGGAGCGUGAGCGCCACGGUGAUGACCUGCAUCAGAUAGUGACAUUCGUGCAGUUUGCUAACGAUGAGUGCGACUAUGGCAUGGGCCUGGAGCUGGGCAUAGAUCUGUUCGCACAUGGCUCCAAGGUCUUCCACUCUACCCUCAGUCAUCUGCUGCCCACAGCGUACGAGUUGCUAGGCAGGGAUACGUUCGCUCGCGUUAUCAGACUGCAUCUGGCAAACCGCACCAAGUCUAUCAGUAUAUGAUGAUGGUCGAUUGCUUCUAAUCUUUCGAUCGCCAGUAUCCGUCACUUCGGCGCAGAGCUCUGUGCCACUGCGUCCUGUUGCUAUUUCCUGCCAGCUGUGCAUGCGUGCUGCAUACCUAUCAUGCUCCAGUUCACAACAAAGACUGGAGGAGUGGAAGGACAGUGCAUUACGCAACUCAUUAGGACAGUUAGAAGAUGGCUGUACCCAGCCCGGUGCCACCGCUGUACGUGCGCAGUAGCGCAUACCAUUACGAUACCACUUUUUUAAUUACCACAUGUAUACCACAAAUUAGAACACUAAAAAGACAAGGUAAAACAAAAUUCCUCUACGAUUGCAUGAGCAUAAGAAGUCUUACAUCAUAGAAUGACGACGAAGACAUGAGACAGGAGCACUCUACAAACUAACGUUACGUGUCAUAUCUGUACUAUUAAUUUCCAAUUUCCAUCAAUAAUAAUUAUGGAUCCCCACAUACUAGCAGUAUGCAUGUAGACUGUAGGGUGCAAAAAUAUUUGGAAAUGCGGUUUAAAAAAAAUCCUGAUGGAACUGUGAACUGAAUUUGAUAGUCUUUGAACAAAAGGAUGAGGUUCUAAUUUGAUGAUCAAGGAAUAUGCUGUGG